AGCAAUCAGGCGCGCUCAGGUAUGCAUGCUACCAUGUCCUUACCCGUCAGCACUUCUCUUGCAUUUCAUCGGGGCGCGGCUGCAUUCGGCGCCAUGUCCCUUACACACUUGGGCAGGCUCAAAGCUGGUGAACUCGCUGUUCCGUCAAGAUUUUGAUCCACCCUUCAUACCUAGUACAUUCUACCAGGCAAAAUUGAUCGGCGCGAAGAACACCGUGAGAACAUGAACAGUCCCCGAAGCUAUACUGAUAGCCAGUGGAGCCCACCAUCACACUUUCAGGAACAAAAUCAGAUAUACCCAGUCGAUGGUUUUUCACAACCCUACCCCAACUCAAACACCUCGCCAGCAGUCUCACCUCCACUGCCAUAUGAACAAGAGCACCAUCAGCCUCCGCAGCCACAGAGUUAUGAGGUGUAUCAGGAAGGGUAUUCGACAGAGAAGGAGACCCCGUACGGUACACUCGACCCAAUCGGCACACCUACUCCAGACUUCUCUGGACCUCAAGUAGUGCCCGGCCAAUUUAGUCAAUACCCUCAUGGAGGCCGACCUAUGUCUCCUUCGUCACAUGGAGGCACUACCAUCACGUCUCCACACAUCCGGCCCUACGGUUUCAAAGAGCAUGUCGACUCGUAUGAGAGCUAUCACGAAGCUGCCCCUCCCCCAGUGCCACCAAAAGACGACCGGAGAUGCGGGAUGAAGAAGCGCACUUUUUUCAUCCUCAUAGGUCUCGGUGUUCUUGCACUCAUCGGUCUUGGUCUGGGACUCGGUCUGGGUUUAGGCCUAAGAAAGAAGGGGUCACAUGAAGAUAUUGUUCAUCCCUUCUGUCGCGAGAAUCCUGAGUCCUGUAUUGGUGGCUCUCUCAACGCCGAGUAUCUCUCGAAGAAGGGUGUAUUCAACGGCACUGGCAUUGCACUAGCUGGAGAGUCAUGGAACAAAGGCCAACGACGAAUCUUUACGCUUUACUUCCAGCAUCAUACAGGCGACAUCAGGUUCAUGCAGUAUACUACGGACAGGCAAUGGAUCGGCGGAACUAAAGCUCAGACUGUAGCUAGCGACGCGAAGGACGCAUCGCCCAUAUCCGCAGUCGCGUUCGCUAUCGAUGAAACUCAAUAUUUCCACAUCUUCUACAUCGACAAAAACAACACGGUCAAGCAGGUCACGCAAUCUAAUAUCACCGACAUCUGGGAGCCCGGACCACUCAGCAAGCUCGAUCUGAAAGCGUUUGAUUCGCCGACUACUGGACUACAGGCGUGUUGGAAGGGCAAUUUCUAUGGCGAUUCCGACUUUUCAAAAUUCCCCACUGCUUCUGGUCUCAACAACACAGACCCAUUUGUGAAUCAGAAGGGCAUGGACAUCUGGUUUGCCACCGACGAGUCGACCUUUGAGCAAUAUGCUUGGUACAGCGGCCAAACGCAGGACACAUGGGUACCUCUUAAAAAAUGGCCCGGCUUCAAUGGCCACGCCGGCGUAGGCUGCUACAGCUGGGGCACAGGCACCACAACAUACGCCAUGCUAAACAACCAGAACAACGACGUGGAGUUUUGGUGGAAAGACGUGAACGAGAAUGUCACGUCCACAGAGUCGCACCCUACCAACUCGUGGCAAAACGCCACCAUGGGCACCAUACAGGACGUGUAUCCUAUCACGUCUCUGGGCUAUACGACGUACUUUUAUGCGCAAAUGGCUGAUCGAAGUAUCAAAGGGUAUAAUGUCACGUACCAAGCUGAGAAUACGACGUUCCUCGAAGACGAAACAUUUGCUAUUACUGACCCUGCGGGUCCGGUGCUAGGGCUUGGUGGUACGCAUCUCACGGUCACUGCAUUUGCGGAGAAGCGUGGGGAGGAGACCGUGUGGGAUAGUUUGUAUGUCUUUUAUCAGACGGAGGGGGAUGACAUUACGGCCUUCACGCGAGGAUUGAAUGGUGGCGAAUGGAAUCAGGGGGUUUUGAGUAUACCGGAUGAGUAG